AUGGCUCCCAAGAAGAAUCAAGAGUCGUUUAGACAACAAAUGAAAGGAUUUCCUUGGUCACAAAUCUUUGUUAUUUCAUUAGUUAGAUUUGCUGAACCUAUUGCAUUUACUUCAUUAUUCCCAUAUGUUUAUUUUAUGGUUAAAGAUUUUGGCGUUGCAGAAAAUGAAGCUGAAGUUUCAAAAUAUUCAGGUUAUUUAAGUUCAACAUUUGCAUUUUGUCAAGUUUUAACAAGUUUUAAUUGGGGGAAAUUUGCUGAUAAAAAUGGUCGUAAACCAACUUUAAUUAUUGGUCUAACGGGUAGUAUUAUAAGUUUAUUAUUAUUAGGUUUUGCUAAGAAUUAUUAUUGGGCACUUUUGGCAAGAUCAACAAUGGGUCUUUUAAAUGGUAAUGUUGCAGUUAUUAGAACAAUGAUUGGUGAAGUUGCAACUGAAAGAAAACAUCAAGCUUUAGCAUUUUCUACAAUGCCUUUAAUUUUCCAAGUUGGUUGUGUUGUAGGUCCAUUAAUUGGUGGGUUUUUAAGUGGUAAAACAACAAGAUUUAAUGUAUUAAGACCAUUAGUGGAAAAAUAUCCAUAUGCAUUACCAAAUUUAUUUGUUUCAGCUUUAUUAUUCAUAAGUAUGAUUACAGCAAUUUUCUUCUUAGAAGAAACUCAUUAUAAACAUAAAUAUAGAUUUGAUCCAUUUGUGGAAUUAGGUGAUUCAAUUAAAAGAUAUAUUUUCAAAAUUGAACCAAAAUCAAGAGCAUGGCACAAAUUGUCUAUUGAUAAUACUUCUAAACAAAGAAGAAAUACACCACCUUCCCCAGCAAUUAUUGACGAAGAAACUGCAUUAUUAGAUGAAGAUGAUGAUGAAGAUAAUCGUGAAACAUCAAUCAGUGCUGCACAUCAUAGAGAUUAUAGUCCAGAAAUAGAAUCAGAUGAAUCAAUUAAAUCAGUUGGUAAUGUUUUAACAAGACGUCAGAGUGUUGCUCUUGUUAGAAGUUAUUCAUUACAUGAAUCUCAAGAUGAUGAAAAAAUUAAUUAUAAAGAAUUAUUAACUCCACAUAUUUUUUAUGCAGUUGUUUGUAAUUUUAUUAUGAGUUUACAUAUUGUGGUUCAUGAUGAAUUUUUACCAAUUUUCUUGGCCUAUGAUGUUGCUAGAGAUAAAUUGGGUAAUUUAAUUUCAGAAUUCCCAUUAAAAAUUGUUGGUGGAUUAAAUUAUACAUCUGAAGAUACAGGUCAAUUAUUAUCAUCAACUGGUGUAUUGGGUGUUAUAUUUGUUUUAUUUGUUUUCCCAUAUGUUGAUAGACAUUAUGAUUGUUUAACAACAUAUAAGAAUUUUAUUAAAAUUUUCCCAAUUUGUUAUUUCUUAGUACCUUAUUUGGUCUUUUUUGCAGAUCAUAAAACUUUAGGUAAAUUAUCAGCAUAUACAUUAACAUGUUUGAAAACUUUAGGAACAUCAAUUUCAUUCCCACAAAUUUUAUUAAUUGUUCAUAAUUGUUCACCACCAAAACAUAGAGCUUUAAUCAAUGGUGCUACUAUUUCAGUUAGUGCAUUGGCAAGAUGUACAGGUCCAUUAAUUUGGGGGUUUAUAAUGUCAUGGGGACAAAAUUAUCAAAUUGCAUGGAUUGGUUGGUGGUUAUUGAGUUUAAUAAGUUUAUUAGCUGUUUAUCAAAGUAGAUAUUUGAAAGAUUCAAAUGAUGAAGAUGAUGAAGAGGAGGAGAGUCAUGGUGAUGAAGAGGAAGAAAUUAGAAGUUGA